AUGAAGACAGAACCGGCGGCUGACCACGUCUUUGAUAUCGUGACUUUCAUCAUCUCUCUGAUAUCCCUUCUCCAGGUCUGGCUCGAGAGGGUACCUAUCAUCAAGUGGUUAUGGCCCCGCGCUUGGGACAUGCGGCGGAUGUUCCGGCGCGCAUCCACUGAUGAUGGCUCGGUCGCCCUGGAUCAUCUGAGAACCGACCUUGAGCGGUCUCCAGAAUUGAAGAAAGUCUUGAGCCACUUGGAAGAUCUCCAGUCAGGUCAGCAAGUGGUGCUUGAGAGACUGACUGAUCUGGAGAAUCGACUCAAGGAUCGCGAGGAUGAGCUCUCAAGGAACGGGCACCAGAAACAGCGAGUGGAUAGGCUGCUGUCCAGUCUGGAGGGUGCCGUCGCCACCCUGCAGGCAAGGACUGAUGCACCAUCCACUGGCUGCGAACGGUGCCAUGUUCUUGAGGAGGCCACCCACCAUUUCCUGAGCAGAGCUCGGGCGAUCCAAGACCGCAAGGUCUGA